GUAUGGGUUUAAGCAUUCCACGUGGAUCUUCAAGUCAAAAGAGCUGAUGUUCAAAUCGGCCUCCUCCAUUCCUGAAGGCAGCUUGGUCUACGUCAGUGAAGGGAAUGAAGCUUUCUUCCGAACCCCCAAGGGAUGGAGCAGGCUUCUGCUGGAGGAUUCAGAGUCUUUACUGGUUGGAGAUGACCCUUCGGUGUCUACAGACAGAAAUCAGGUCCAAAACGACAAGAGCCAAGCAACCGUCCAGACUGUACCACCUAGCAUUCCCCAGAGGAUCCCUUCACUCCGCCUAGUGGCCCUCAACAUCCCCCUGACCGGUAGCAUGAAUGGGAUUGGUGGCGUUGACCUGCGGUGCUAUCGGCAAUCACAGGAGGCGAAGCUGCGUGGAACUUUCCGGGCCUUCCUGUCAUCAUCCACCCAAAGCCUAGUCUCCAUCGUGAAGAGAAGUGACAGGAACCUGCCUAUUGUCAACCUUAAGGGCCAGCUGUUGGCAAAGAGUUGGAAUUCCCUCUUCAGUAGUGCUGCUCGUUUCAAUUCCCCAAAGUCCCCCAUCUACACAUUCAAUGGGCGCAAUGUCAUGACGGAUCCUAUGUGGAGACAAAAGGCAGUCUGGCACGGUGUCAAACAACUGGGAGGCCAGGCCGAAAAUCAAGACUGUCAGGAGUGGCGAACAGCCUCCAGCCAGUCCAAAGGCCUUGCCUCACCUCCAGCCGGAGGCAAGUUCCUCACAGCGGAUGCACAUAACUGCUCAGACUUCCUGGUUGUUCUGUGCGUGGAAAAUGCCUUCUGAGAUGAGUGCAGCUUCAGAUCAGCAAGGAACAGCAGAAGGAGCCAUUUGCUACAAAGGCUGGAUCAGGAUGAAUGAAAUAAGCCUUUGACCCUUAAGACACAUGAGGUGGAAAAUGCAGGUACCCAUCCUUCUAACCCAGCUGGGAAAGAAUGUUUGAGAGGAAAGAAAACCAUGCAUCGCCUGCACCUCAGCAAGCUGUCAUGUGUGCUGAUGUGCAGAAUCAGCAGCUCACACAGGCAGGUGCAAAAGGGGCUUCUGCUUUGUUACAGUGUGUGUACCUGGACUUACAUGUGCACCACCAGCACUCAUGUACAGUAUGCUCAUAUACACACUGCUGAGAGGUUUAGGAACUUUUGCUGGAGUUAUGACGUGUGCUUGUUAUGGAUGUGUGUUAACCCUUAUGCCCACAAGAAGCUCUCACAUGAAGAAACAAAGAAAGCUUGGUUUAUUAUACAAGGUGUGACCGGAAUAUUCGGUGAAUGGUCACAGAAAUUGGACAGCGAGAAAUAUUCAAA